AAUUAAUCCCAAUAUGAAGGCAAUUUAAAUGAUGGAGUUGUAUAAUAUGAUGAAUGUAUAAAAUAUUCAUUAAGUAUAAAGGAUAAUAGACAUUUGGUGAUAGCUGAUUUGCGAAAGUUGGAGUAGUUCGAAGAAAAGCAAAUAAGAGGAAGUUUUUGUGUUUAGGACAAUGUCCAAUCGAUUGCAUCUCACCUUGAGAAACAAGAUGCUAAUGCGAAGAAAAACGAAGAGAAAUAUCAUACUCAACCUAUUCGCAGAAUUGUGAUUGUUAAUGACGAUUACACCAAGAUAGAAUAAGAUGCCGUAUUGAUUCAGAAUCUAGUUCAGAGUUUGAAAAUGAAUGAAUAUAAGGUAUACUAUUUGAAGACUUCGGUGGAAGUAUUCUUGGGGAAAUAUCCCUUUUACACAUUGUCAAAAGUUAUGUUAUAAAAUUACGAGAAUUUGGACAAUAAUGAGGAUUAAUAGAAAGUGUUGUUCUCUUAUUCACAAUUCCCUUAAUAACUAGAAGACAGCAAAGUAUUUUUAGGAAGUAAUUUAAAUGCGAAUAGCAAAAGAUAGUUGGAUGCCUUGUAAAUCAAGACAAUAAUUGAUUUUAAGAGAUAUGAACCAGAUGCAAAAUUAUCAGUUUGGAAAAAAGAACAAUACAAUUACAUCAACUAUCCUAUAAGUGAGGAAGGAGAAUAAUUAAUAGACUUUUCCCAAAUAACCGACUUAAUUGAGUCAUAAAAUGCCCCUGUCUUGUUGUGUUGCCCAGUAAUUAUAAUAUUUUAAUGAUAGGAUGGUUAUUCGACAACAAGUGUUGUGGCUAUUGGAUAUUUAAUGACAAAAAAAAAAUAGAACUUCAAUAUUUCAUCGUUGAAAGUAUUUCAGAUAAGAGGAACCACUACAGUGAAUAAAAAACUGUAUAGCCAAGUAUUGACAUAUGAUCCAAAAACGAUAGUUAAUAAGAUAGUGCAAUAAGUAGUAUUAUAAUGAUAUCAUAAUUA